UCUCGCACUUCCUGUUGGCCUUACAGGAUUGUAAACAAACGUGAGAUCGUAGUCCCACGAAGGGUCGAAUCAGCCAAACAUCCAGAGAAACCGAUACAAAUCAAUGAGCUAUGAGCUUCGAGAAGGAUCUUUUGGAGGAAUAAGCGCCAUUACAGCUGAAUCAAAGCAACGACGCGAGAGGAAGACUAACGUUAGCUGUCCGCUAAGGAAGACGAGUGAUUAGCCAGCUAGCUGGCAGUCGCUUGUACAGUCUUCAUCGCCCCUCAUCAGGAUGGUGUGUGUGGGGACUCGACUGGGCGUCUCGCUCCUGGUCUUAUGCUUCACUCUGGCACCCUCUCCUGGUCAGGCAUAUAUAUAUGCUCAUUACAGUAACAUGACCUCCAUGCUGUUUGAAGAUCUGCCUUCUCUCUUUGGCUCUCCCCUGCCAAAAGAUGGACUCAGUGGUGUGCUGGUUGAAGCUCGUCCUCAGAACGCUUGCGCACCUAUAGAUCCUCCUCCAGUUUCUCCCACACCCUCAGAUCCCACUACAAACAGCUCUACAAAAUACAUUGUCCUCAUUCGACGCUACGACUGUAACUUUGAUAUCAAGGUGCUCCAUGCACAGCAGGCCGGUUACAGUGCUGCCAUAGUUCACAACAUGUUCUCUAAUUCACUUCUCAGUAUGGGAUCCAGCAAUGACACCAUCGCGGAUGGGAUCGAGAUUCCCUCUGUGUUCACAAGCUACUAUGCCUCUCAAAUACUGCGCAGCUUUAUCAUACCAGAGAAAGGGGCCUAUGUGAUCCUGAAGCCCGAGUUCUCCUUUCCUCUGUCCUACUAUCUCAUCCCCUUCACUGGAGUCGUCGGCAUGAUCAUCAUUGUCAUGGUCGUCAUACUGGUUGUGCGGUGCGUGCAGCACAGGAAGAGACUUCGGAAAAACAGACUCUCCAAAGAACAGCUGAAGAAAAUCCCCACUCACAAGUUUGUUAAAGGUGACAAGUAUGAUGUGUGCGCGAUUUGCUUAGAUGAAUAUGAAGAAGGAGAUAAGCUGAGAGUGCUGCCGUGUUCACAUGCUUACCACUGCAAGUGUGUGGACCCCUGGCUCACCCUAACCAAGAAAACCUGCCCAGUGUGCAAGCAGCGCGUGACCCGUCCCAACCCAGAAAACUCGGAGUCUUCAGAUUCGGAGGAAGAGGCGGGGCCGCGCGAGGCCGGCGGGGAAGAGGACGGAGCGAUCAGUGAGGCUGACUCUGAACGCACCCCUCUCCUCCGCUCAUCCAACCCCGCGUCCCCCGCCUCCUCCAGCCCGCCUCCCAACUACUCCUCCACCGAAGCCGCGGCUACGGUCACAACCUCCGCUCAGUGCUUGCCACACACACCGCAGCACGACGAGUACUGCACACCCGUAGAGGACUCGGAUGAAGGUACUGAUGAUGAUGAGGAGGGUCACCCCUCGGAUAGCGACACCACAGAGCUCAUCGGACGCGGCGCAUUACGAGUCUGAUUUAAAAACUACCCCUUUAUCUCGGUCACUUAGGUCGUGUGUGUAUCGCAGAGGUGGAUUUUUACACCCAGUCUCACUGAGAUUACACGUCCAUCCCAUUAGUCCUAGCUAGUGCAUCCAACACUAAACGGAAAAUGUGCAAAAUUUUACACUUCCUGACAAAAAAUACAGAUUGGCGUGGUUCACAAAAUCAUGUGUCCUCUUAAUAUCACAGUUAAAGGUCAUGAAUGAAACAUCAUUUACUCAUUUUCAUGUCAUUCCAAACCCAUAUUCAUUUCUUAUUUCCGUGGAGCACAGUAACAACACUGCACCCUUGUAUUUUAUCGACACCUAUUUCAGGUUUUGGAGGCUCUACUAAUGAGCUGAUUAGGGGAACACUGUUCAAUCCUAGACAUGUGUGAAGCCUGAAUAUGCUUAAUUCUAAGAUUUCUGAUUUUAUAGCUGUGGUGCAGGGGCAGAUUUUCAGUCAUUGAUGAUUUAAGGACUAUUUCAUCCAAAAAUGAACACGUCGUUCCAAACCCACGAGACUUGUAUUGAAAGUCCACACAACCAAAACUUUCA